AUGUCUUCUCCCAUCGCUCGACCCUCGGCUGCUCGCACUCAAGACCUCGUCGACAACCUCGCGGAGAUCCGGGACCGCGUCCGACAGGCGGCCGGCGACAGGCUCGGGAAAGAGCCCACGCUCGUAGCCGUGUCAAAGUACAAGCCGCCGGCGGAUUUACUCGCUUGCUACGAUGUCGGUCAGCGCGACUUCGGCGAGAACUACGUGCAGGAGCUCGUGGACAAGGCGGAAGCUUUGCCUAAAGACAUCCGCUGGCACUUCAUCGGCACGCUUCAAUCAAACAAAGCCAAAAUCCUCGCAUCGAUCCCGAACAUAGCAGCCGUGCAAACCGUAACGUCGGCCAAAGCCGCGACCGGGCUGAACAAAUCUCUCCCCGCCGACCGCACCGAUCAACUGUCUAUUCUCCUUCAGGUUAACACCUCUGGAGAAGAGGCCAAGUCCGGACUUCCUCCCUCGGGUCAGGAAGAGUCUGAGCUGGCCGUCCUCGCACGACAUGUUCUCGACACUUGUCCGAGGCUGCGCCUGGAAGGCUUAAUGACGAUCGGCUCCCUCGACAUGAGCGUGGGCGCGGGGGACGAGAACCAAGACUUCAAAACUCUAAUCCGAGUCCGCGAGGAGUUGCAGGAGGUUCUUCGAGGAAAAUAUGGGAUUGAGCAGUGGGGCGACGGAUCUGGUACCUUACGCGUCAGCAUGGGCAUGUCGAGCGACUUCGAGGCCGCGUUGCGGGCUGGAAGCGACAUUGUGCGCGUAGGCACGGGUAUCUUUGGCGAGAGGCACAAGAAGGGCGAAGCUCCUCCGCCCUGA